AUGGACGAUAUAGCGUCGAAACCCGGCCCAAUGUCCUCCUUCAGAAGUCUCUUCACCUUCACCAAGCCUGCCGUAAAAAGGCUCCUGGGUUGGAAGCAAAUCGGCGAGGACGAUAAAUGGGCGGAGAAAGCCGUCGAGUCGCUAGUAAAGAAGCUCAAAAGAAAGAAGGGCGACUACGAGGAGCUCAUGCGAGCCAUCUCGAAUCCAGACGUACCGACAAGAUGCGUCACCAUUCCUCGCUCGGUCGACGGUCGUCUCCAGGUGUCCCAUCGCAAGGUCAUGCCCCACGUCAUCUACUGCCGAGUCUGGCGAUGGCCCGACAUCCAGUCUCAUCACGAGCUCAAACCCCUCGAGAUCUGCCAGUUUCCGUUCUCGAGCAGUCAGAAGGAGGUCUGCAUCAACCCGUACCACUACAAGCGCGUCGGCAAUGCUAAGCUGCCGCCCGUGCUCGUUCCCACGGUUUCGGAGUACGCCCCGGGCCGCGAGCCCGUCCAGUACUACGUGGAGCAACAGAGCGAGGACACCAUGCCCCAGAACGUAACGUACAACCCGACCGAGGAAAUAGUGUCACAGACCAUGAAUUAUAACUACCCGAUCGAGAAUUACAAUCAGUAUCCCCAGUACAACUCGAGCAAUAGCAACAGCUGCAGUAGCAGUAGUAGCACGAAUACAGCCAACUGCUCGCCUGUAUCGAGCUACGAAUCCGUUUCCAGCUGGUUUGGCGCCACGAGUCCAGAAGGCAGUCCUCAGCUGUAUUAUGAGCAGCAAACGCCGUCACCGACGGACUCGCCGUCGAACAGCCCGGGCAGCGCUGAAGUCUCGUACCAAGAGCAGCAGUACUGGGCGUCGAUCGCCUAUUACGAGCUCAACAGUCGCGUGGGCGAAGUUUUUCAAUGCGAGCACAAGUCGGUAGUCGUGGACGGCUACACGGAUCCACGCAAAGACACGGCCAGAUUCUGUCUAGGUCAGCUGUCCAACGUCGAUCGAAACUCGACCAUCGAGAACACGCGAAAACAUAUCGGCCCAGGAUUGCGUCUCAACUACGCCGCCAAUGCCCUCUUCGUCGAGAACUACUCCGAAACGUCCAUUUUCGUGCAAUCUAGGAAUUGCAAUCACGAGAGAGGAUUCCACAUCAGUACCGUCAUCAAAGUACCGCCAGGUUGUUCGAUCAAGAUAUUUGACAAUACACUAUUUGCUAAUCUGCUGGGUGAACGAAUCCACGAGGGCUACGAGUCAGUUUUUGAUCUUGUGAAAAUGUGUACGAUAAGAAUAUCCUUCGUGAAAGGAUGGGGAGUAAAUUAUCACCGUCAAGACGUAACUUCUACACCGUGCUGGAUCGAGAUACAUCUUAAUGGCCCUUUGAUAUGGCUCGAUAAUGUUUUAUUGCGUAUGGGUUCACCGACUGAUAGAAUUAGUUCGGUAUCGUGA